ACGCGUGCUCACAAAAAGAAGAACAAACACUGGCAUUCCCAAGAAGAACGAAACCGAAAGGCUAUGAGAGAAUAUAAGGUAAUAUCUCCAGUGCAUCUUCUCAAAUCACUGCUGGCGACUGAACAAUCAAGUGCCCAUUUACAAACAGAGAUGUUUCGGCAGUGUCUGACUCCCCUUUGCAUCCUCAUCCUCAUCUGUCUGGUGUGUUCAAACGCAUCUUCCCCUCUUGGCCACAGAGGAGCGCUGUCCUUCUCGGAUUCAAUGCGCCUAACGCGUACAAUUCGGGCACGCGUCCAACAGCUGCUGUCGCGCUACAAGCAACAGCUGUUUGGUGACGAGCUAUUUGAAUACAGAGAGCUGAUGCUGAGUACACUUCCUGCGGUUACUGUCAGUUAUCAGAAUUGGCUACACAUGCAGGACACUGAGCGUUUGCGUUUGGCCUCUCACAACCUCAAAACCUUCUGGACUCACCUGGAAGGUCAACGGCAGCAGCUGGAAAAAGAGAAGGAUGCGACGAAUGAAAGGCAAGAGCAAAGAAGAGGCAAACGAGGAAAGCCCCAGCCCACCUUGUGCCAAAAUUUUGUUAAUCUGCAAAUUGAUCUGCGGGACUUAAUCAGACAAGUCAACUCUCAGUUGAACACCCUGAGUGUCAAAGCAUCCACCAAGUCCCCACUUCUCCAUCCUGUACACUCAACUUCAACUUCCAGUCCGAUUUCCAGCAUGCAUCCUUCCACAGAGAGCACCACUGUACUCCUGACUCAAAUUCGCACGGAGAACCCUCGCAGCUCCACACACUCCUCUGAAACGUCUUCUACUUCAACGACGGGGAAGACCUCUGUCGGCCUCCCGCAACCCACCCAGGUGUCAGCAGCCUCUUUUUUCAUGGGAAGCCAACUAUCUGUGGAUACCCAGCAGACAACAACAGCAGAAACAUCCCGCUGGAUUCAGCAUCUGAGAGGUUAUGUGAUACUAAGAGAUCUAGAGCGGUACUUAGGAAGAUUGGCACGAGAUUACGCUGUGCUUCAAGCUAAAUACUGACAAACACGCAUUAGCGAAUCAAGGCGGGGGAAAAAAGAAAAAAAAAAGUAUUACAGUAUUACACAGAAUUGAAUUCAAAAACGAAACCAAGGAAAUGCAUAAUUGAAUACACUAACACUUAUUUCCAAAAACAUUUUCAUGUCACAGUUUCUGUUUACCGUGCUCAUUAAUUAUUUUAUUUAUGAAAAUAAUUUAUUACUAUUUUUUUACUUACUGUUUGUUUACAAGAUAUUGUGUGAAGAUUUUUUUAAACUGUAUUUCUGUAUUUUUAUAUUGAAGUAUUUGGAGAAUUACAGGAUAAGUCUCAGGGGGAUGAGCAAAUCAGCAGGCAGCUAGUGUAGGUUAUUAUGAGACAAAUGUGUUAUUUGACCAUUAAGUAUUUUCUUAUGGCUCUGAUCGAGCGUAAGCACUUAAUAAACCGCAAAUUGUUUUGUUUAUAUUGGACAAUUUGACUGAAACAAAAAAAGGUUAGUCAGCCAUUCUGAUAGAUCAAAAUUCCCCAAACACCCCACUUCCCUCCUCCACUGAUAAUCAGCAAAUCAGAGGUCAGAGUGAGAUUAAUUUUACAUCCCUUUUUCAUUGUCAUUCCCCUGUACUUUCCACCUUGUGUUAUUUAUUAAAUUAUUAUUUAUUUUAUUUAUGUGAA